GGCGACGGGCAGGACGCCCAGACGUUUCUAUCACGUGAUGCAGAAUUCAGCACAGGAAACCUCUGGCUUAAUGAGAACAGGUUCAGUCUUGCUUGAACAUCAGGGAACCCCUUACCACCAUCCCUGUAAUGUCCCUCAGCAGGAGCAGAGGAGCAACACACCUCAUCACUCACAGUACGGAUUUUACACACCAGUGUAUCAGCGCUGUAGCCCAGACGUCUUGGAUUCAACAGUGCCAUGCUCUCAACAACCAGCUGCUUCCUGCUCUCCUAGUGGCUAUCACCCUGACUACUCAGUCGGAUACGCUGAUCCGAUCGAUCAGGAUCCAUACUGGAGAGCAGGUGAUGUUCCAGAGUCCCGGACGAGUGACCUGGGCAUAGAGAAAGAGGAACUGGACGCUAUUUUAGAGCUGGCGUUGGACAUGCAGACCAGCACACUGGCAGGAACACGGAGGGAGGAUACAUCUUCUGAUCCGCCGUUUGCUGCCGACGAGCUGUACUACAACACCGUGGAGAGUGACUACGAGGAUGACGUCCACAUGCCUGACCAGCAUGAGGAGGAGCAAAAUGGUGGUGAUGAGCAUGAGGUGCCUUUUAGAAGUCCUUCGAGAAGCCCGUCCCCUUUACCAGGCCUAUCUGCUCUAAGAAUCACACCCUUUCCUGUAAUAAGCCCAUCCCCUUUGAGAAUCACACCCCCUUUUAGAACCCCAUCCCCUUUUUGA